AUCAUCUUCCUUCCUCUCAGGGAAAAAAAGAAUCUAUUUCUUUCCUUUCCCCUCUCUCUCUCUCUCUCUCUCCCGGCGGCGACGACUGGGCGAGCCGCUGCGCCCUUCGGCACGUACUCGCCGGGCCAUUCGCCGGCGGCGAGCGCCCACCCGGUUGCACAAGCAUCAAUACUUUUCAUCAGUUGGAGUUAGAAACUUCAAGCAUGAGAAUUGAGAUGAUGGAAACGAGACUACUUUUCAGCCUUGUAGGCUCUCGCCAUGUGAAGUGGAAUGAGGACAAUUUGUAUGAGAUUGAAUCAAACAAACCAGUGAGGCAGAAGAUAACAGAGCCAAAGACACCGUAUCAUCCUAUGAUAGAUGAUGAUGGUUCCCUAUCCCCAACACGUCCUUUUGACAAAUGUCUCGAUGAGACUGUCCAGGCUGAAGCUAUAUUGACGGCCUUAAAUGGUGUGGCUUCUUCAAGCAAUAACAAUUCAAAGGAUGAUGGUUGGGCAUCCUCAGAUGAUGAGACUGAUGCUAUGGAACAAGAGGAUGAUCCAGAAGCUGACACAGCAAGGUUGAGUUUCAAGGAGCAUCGUCGUGCACACUACGAUGAGUAUCGCAAAGUUAAGGAACUGAUGCGCACUGGGUCCCUUGUUGAGGAUGAGGCUGAUGAGAAUAACAGGGUUGAUAAUAGCAGUGAAGGCAAGGGUAUGGGGAAAGGUGCCGCAGUUGAGGACAGAAAACCCUCAGCGCAAACAUGAGAGUUGAGAUGGUCCUGUUCUCUCUGUUGUUCACUAAGAUAGGCAAAGCCAUCACGGCAGCUGAAGCUUGCUGUUUGGCGUAUGUUGGAUCCAUGGUUUCGGGUUGGGUGGUUUUCUGUAAGCAAAGCAGCUGUUACCUCCUAUUUUGUUUUGAGGUGCCGGUGUCCCUAAAAUGGCAGUGCUGACUGAAAAUUACAGUGGAGUUGCCUCCUUGCUCGUUAUUAUGCCAUUUAGUGGCUCUUUUACAUUUCCAAUCAACGAAUAUGUUGUGGCUAGAGUGAACUGCUUGAUGCUGAACUCAGUAAUGUGAUCGUCGUGAAUAAUUGUUUCUAUAAGAGAACUCAUUAACGUGAUAAUCGUGAAUAAUUGUACACUGA